AUGAGUCAACGCACACGAUCGGCAUCAGCAGCGGCGGCCCACGCGGCCAUGGAAGCCACAACCGCAACAACAACAUCAUCACCAAACCCUCAAGGAGUCGCGGAGCUCGAGAUGGAGAAAGUGAGGGCUGUCGGAGAUCUAGAGCUCGAAUACGUAGCAUGGAGCUUGCCAAAAACCGAGCCGGGCGAGAAGCGGGGGCGGACAAAAAGCGCAGUGAUAACACCACUGGCACUGUUUGAGCCCGGAUCCUACUUCUUGAAGUCUUCUGGUGGAUCCGAGAGUUCAUGGUUGAAGAAGCGUUGCUCCCAAUUCCACAGUACCCUCUCAACCCGCUGCGUUCGCGAUAUUAAGCGCGACUUCUCCUGGAAGCUCUACGGCACAUGCUGCAACCCGGACACCGGCGCCGAAUCCCACUUUGUGCGCAUCAAGUUCCUCACAGCAGCCGCCGAUGAGUCUUUCUCCGCCAUUAUCGAUUUGCUCAAUGCCCUCGCCGCAAAACGGUUUCUCCAGUCCUCGCGCAAAGAAAAGGUGCAUCCAUUCGGCAUCGGCUUCGACUGCGGCGUCCAAAAGUCAAAGGAGCGCCUUUACAUCAUUUCGAACUGUGCCAAACAAACGCCCUACCUGCGCCGCGUCGCUGUCGACUUUGAGGUCCUCAUUGACAACGAGUGGAAGCGCCUCGAUGCAACCGUCGACAGGAUCGGCUUCGCGACAUAUAAGAGCGCGCCCAAGUCAUCCGUUCUCGCCGCUAGUACGCUCGACGCAAUCAGCUUUAAGGACGAUGCAUACCUGCGCUUCGCGCGGGUGACGCUGCGCUUCGGCGAACAAGCGGAGCGGACAGUGCUUGAUAUUGGUCGCGGCUUUGAACCAGCUCUCGUAUAUGGAAAGACCUCGACCAUACUCACCAUGAACCGCGCCCGAGUGAGAACUUGUGAAGGUAGUAAGGUAUCCGUGCCCGUGCGGAGUCAGGUACGGCUGGUAUUCACAGACAUGAAGGAGAGUCGGAGCCGCAGCGGGACCUUUCGUCGGAAUUCGGGGGGAAAGCACAGCGCGUCGGAAGCAGAGAAGGUACUAGCGCUACUGAAGAAGACGGUUGCGCUGGCGGGGGUAAAUACGUUGGGGCUUGAGGACGACCUGGAGGAUGAUGCCAUCUUCCAAAUGAAUAUCCAGCGCUUGGUCACAGAGCCCGGAUAUGCGAUCCGCGAGAAGGGAGAGGCACAGGCGGCGAGGAUGAACUUGAGUAAUCACUUCAAGAACUCGACACUGUUUCUUGUGCCGUGCUAUGAGUCGAAUGGUGUGAACUUGAUCCUACAGAGCAGGAACGGGGAAUAUGUUCUGCGGCAGUACAUUAACGGCCCCGUCCGCUUCAUCGGCUCCAUAACAUCAAACUGCUUCGCGGGCCCCAAGUUCAGCACGCUCGUCAAACACCAGCAUGAAUACUCAGGCAUGGGAAAGGUCACCUACAUGUUCGAAACCCAGGAAACCGACGCCACAAGCCUCGUCGAGAUCCUCGUCUCGAUAAUCGAGAAACUGCACAUGUUCCACACCACCGUCACCUCCUCCACACCAAACCACGUACCCUCCCUCCCCCCAUCACUCCCGCGCAUCCCCGCAAUCCCCAGCAUCCACCUCAGCCGCGCCGGCACAGUAGCAACCACACGAAACAACAGCACCCGCAAACCCCCGGCCCCGUCAGAGAUCAGCAUACCCCCAAUACCAGUCCUUGCCCGAAGUGCGCAGCCGCCGCCGCCGGUUUCGGAACCAGAGCAGCCCGCACAGGCGCCGCAACCAGUAUAUAAAGUCCCCCGAAAGCCCGUCCCGACAUCAGCACACUCGCGCAGCGUCUCGAGCAGCACAUCAGGCAGUACAUUAGGAAGCACAUCAGUGGGCACAUCAGGAAGCACCUCAAUCACCUCAAGCAGCUCGCAGCCAGUCCGCACACUCGCGCCACAGCGCGAUCCGUCCGCGCUCCCCGGGGGAAGGGUGUACGAGCUGCGGGCAGCGACACUCAAAAAAGUCAUCACCACAGCGGGGCUGCAGGGAACUGUGCAAGCGGUCAGUACUACAGGGAGAGUUAGGUGA